GUUUUCACUUAUCGUCAGAUUGAUCGAUUGAAGAUGCCUCCUAAAACUAGCGGAAAAGCUGCCAAGAAAGCUGGCAAGGCCCAAAAAAACAUUUCUAAAAGCGACAAGAAGAAGAAACGCAAGAGGAAGGAAAGUUACGCUAUCUACAUUUAUAAAGUAUUGAAACAAGUCCAUCCGGAUACGGGUAUUUCAAGCAAGGCUAUGAGCAUCAUGAACAGUUUCGUUAAUGAUAUUUUCGAACGCAUCGCCGCCGAGGCGAGUAGACUUGCUCACUACAACAAACGUUCGACAAUAACCAGCAGGGAAAUUCAAACAGCAGUGCGCCUUCUCUUGCCCGGUGAGUUGGCAAAACACGCCGUCAGCGAAGGAACUAAAGCAGUAACAAAAUACACCAGUUCCAAAUAAAGCAGGA